AUGCGCCCCCCGGGCCGCGCCGCCUCCCCACCCGGCCUGCUGCUCGGCCCUCUCCUCCUGUUGCUGGCGCUGCAGCUGCCCGCGCCGUCGAGCGCCUCGGAGACGCCCAAAGGGAAGCAGAAGGCGCCGAUCCGGCAGAGGGAGGUGGUGGACCUGUAUAAUGGAAUGUGUUUACAAGGGCCAGCCGGGGUCCCAGGUCGUGAUGGGAGCCCCGGGGCCAAUGGCAUUCCAGGAACCCCUGGCAUCCCAGGUCGGGAUGGAUUCAAAGGCGAAAAGGGAGAAUGCCUAAGGGAAACCUUUGAGGAAUCCUGGACCCCAAACUACAAGCAGUGCUCAUGGAGUUCUCUGAAUUAUGGCAUAGAUCUUGGAAAAAUUGCAGAGUGCACAUUCACAAAGAUGCGUUCCAACAGUGCCCUCCGAGUUUUGUUCAGCGGCUCACUUCGGCUAAAAUGCAGAAAUGCAUGCUGUCAGCGUUGGUAUUUCACGUUCAAUGGAGCAGAAUGUUCAGGGCCUCUUCCCAUUGAAGCCAUCAUUUAUUUAGACCAAGGGAGCCCUGAACUGAAUUCAACCAUUAAUAUUCAUCGUACUUCUUCUGUGGAAGGACUCUGUGAAGGGAUUGGUGCUGGAUUGGUGGAUGUUGCUAUCUGGGUUGGUACUUGUUCAGACUAUCCAAAAGGAGAUGCUUCGACUGGGUGGAAUUCAGUGUCUCGCAUCAUUAUUGAAGAACUACCAAAAUAAAUCCUUUCUCAUUCCCUACCUCUUUUUAAAAAUUUUUAUAUUGUUGGAUGGUUCAUUUAAAAAUCAUUUAUAUAUACAUCUGAAUGAAAAGCUAUACGUUUACAGACCAAAGUGUGCUUUUACA